UGGAGAUUCGUCGAUUUUCGGGUGCGUCAGCGUGCGUGUGCGUCGAGAAGCGUCUCUGCCAAUUCGCUUCUCUCCUUCGGGUCUGCGCUCUUCUCGACUUCCGCACAGUUUACAGAAGAGCAUUCCCGACAUAGCCGACCCGAAGCCUUUCUACACGCACUUCCGAAGCCCAGAAAAUAUGCACGACAUCCACUCCUCCAUCCCCGCAGCACCACCACCGUCCAUGUCCGCUGCAACAGGCGCAUCAAUAGCCGCUACCCAUCGCAGCCCGGAUCGACCACGCUCUUCAGCCGCCGCACACAGACAGUCGCCUCGCUACACCCAAUCAGCAUAUCCACAGCCGCAAACUCUCGGAUCUGAUCUAAGUAAUGGGACCGCCGUACUAUCCUCCUCUCCAGCAGCAGCAGCAGCAACACGCGGUCAAGCCACCGAUCCCCAUGUCAGCAUCGCACCAACGUACCAGAUCUACGACGUUGGAUACGAUGGUUCACGGAACGCCAUGUCUUCCGCCACGCUCGCAUACCCCGACGGGCCCGGUGGGUACGCCCCCCAACACCACGUCCAGCAGCAACCGUACACAUCAGCACCAGAUCAUCCAAAUUUCCCACGAUACGGGUCCACAGCGUCCCCAUCCCGGUCCAUGAAAGAUCCCUUGCAAUACCAGCCCCAGACGCAACAGCAGCAACAGCAAAAUCCCUACGUCCAAGACCCUUAUGUAUCCCCACUCAACCCUUACUUCGCCCCAACCCCAAGCCCCCACACCUUCAACUUCGCCUACCCACUAGCUUACACGCCUUCCCAGCCCUCCUACCUCUCCCCGCCCACCAACCCCCGCGGCGGACGCCCAGGCACGCUCUUCCGCCACAAGACCAUGAAAACCAUCGAGUUGACACCCAACGGCCUCUUUCAGGUUGAGAUCCCCGUGCCCGCGAAGGUAGUCCAACAAGGAACUGAGAGGGGCCGGGAGUGCACGCAUCUGCGGUACACGGCGGUGGUUGGCGAUCCGGACGAGUUUGUGUCAAGGGGGUAUACAUUGCGAGCGCAGGAGAUGGGACGAAGGACGGAGAUCUUUGUUGUGUUGACAAUGUACAACGAAGACGAGACGCUCUUCUGCAAAACGUGGAAAGCCGUCAUGAAAAACAUCGUGCACCUCUGCUCCAAAAACACCGACACAUGGGGCCCGCUCGGCUGGCAAAAAGUCGUCGUCUGCGUCGUCGCCGACGGCCGCACAAAGAUCAACCCACGCACCCUCAACGUCCUCGGCGUCAUGGGCGUCUUCCAACAAGGCGUUCUAAAGACCUCCAUCAACAACACCGACGUCGCCGUGCAUUUGUUCGAAUACACCACCCAGAUAUGCAUCGACGCCGGGGACGGCCAUUCGCUGCGGAGUAGCAAGACCGCCUCCUCAACCAGCCUCUUCAGAUCGGGCGGGACAGUCAUCCCCGUGCAAACCAUCUUCUGCCUCAAAGAAAAAAACGCCAAGAAGAUAAACUCCCAUCGGUGGUUCUUCAACGCCUUUGCGAAACAACUGAAUCCACACAUCUGCGUGCUCCUCGAUGUCGGCACCAAACCGACCGAUCCCUCGUUGUAUAGAUUGUGGAAGGCGUUUGAUUCCGACGAGCAUUGCGCGGGCGCUUGUGGGGAGAUUGCCGCGGAGACGGGGAGCUGGGGGUGGAAGUUGUGGAACCCGUUGGUGGCCGCGCAGAAUUUUGAGUAUAAAAUGAGUUGUAUAUUGGAUAAACCGAUGGAGAGUGUCUUUGGCUUCAUCGCAGUCUUACCCGGCGCCUUCUCCGCGUACCGCUACCAGGCGCUGCAGAACGGGGCGGACGGGACGGGGCCGUUGCAGAAGUACUUCUUGGGUGAGCGCAUGCAUGGGGGGAGUGGCGGUGUGCAUGUUUCCGAAGCCAACAUGUAUUUGGCCGAAGACCGCAUCCUCUGCUUCGAACUCGUCACCAAACGCAACUCCCGCUACACCCUUCGCUACGUCUCGGCCGCAAAAGCGGAAACCGACGUCCCCGACACCCUCCCCGAAUUCAUCUCCCAACGCCGCCGCUGGCUCAACGGUUCCUUCUUCGCGGGUAUCCACGCAAUCACCCACUUCUACCAACUCUUCCGGUCCUCACAUACCCCUGAACGCACACUCCUCAUCCUCGCCCUCCUCAUCUACAACGCGGUGAAUGUCAUAUUCAACUGGUUCUCGCUCGCGACGUUUUACCUGAUUUUCUACUUUUUGGCGGACGGGAUGACAACUGAUCCGGCGAGAGACCCUUUUUAUGGAGCGGGCAAAGUGAUCUUCUGGACGGUGAGGCAGUUGUAUGUGUUUGCGAUUGCGACGGUCUUUAUUGCGAGUUUGGGCAAUCGGCCGCAGGGGAGUCUGUGGCUUUACGUUGCGGUGUUUGGGCUGUUUGCGGGGAUUAUGGUUCUGAUGCUUUAUAUGUCAGCAUUCUCCAUAAAAGUCGCCAUUAGCUCCGCCCUCACAACCAUCCACACCACCUCCGCCGACGGCACUGUGCACACGUCCCUGCACUCGCUGCCCUCGCUGCUCGCCAACCCAUCGUUCAGAGACCUGGUCAUGUCAACCGCAGCGACGUACGGCGCGUACGUGAUUGCAAGCGUGGCGUACCUGGAUCCGUGGCAUAUGCUCAACUCGUUUGUGCAGUAUUUGCUGUUUUUGCCGGGGUUUAUGCUGGUCCUAACUGUCUACGCCUUCGGCAACCUCCACGACAUCUCCUGGGGCACCAAAGGCGACAACUCGGCCCCGGACGUCGCGCCCGUGCACUGCACAAAGGACUCCACUAAAGGAAUCACAACCGCAACCGUCGACCUCCCCGUGCACCAACACGACAUCGACGCCAGCUACGACAGCUUCCUCGCCGCCCUCGCCCCGCCCCCCAAAACACACGCGAAAACAGAUACACGCUCCGCGGCCCUGCGACAGGAAGACUAUUUCCGGCUGUAUCGCACCCGCGUCGUCCUCUUCUGGGUCCUCUGCAACGUCGGCCUCGUGGCUGCGUUGACCACCGCGUCGGUGGCGGAGAAGCUGGGCGUGUUUGUCGGGGACGCGGGCAAGGGCCGCACGAACCGGUUUCUGACGUUCAUGCUGUGGAGUGUGUGUGCGUUGAGUGGGUGGCGGUUUGUGGGGAGUAUGGUGUUCUUGGCGACGAGAGGCGGUGGCGAGAGGGAGGGGAAGGAGGCGGGUGAGAAGCAUGGACAUGAUGCGGGUGGGGGGCAUGGGGCGCAUGAUGGGCAUGGGGCGAGUGGUGGGCAUAGUGCGAUUGAUGCGAAUGGCGCUCAUGGAUAUGCGGCGGCGGGGUUGGGUGUGUGAUGUAUUGCGUAUGCGAGGUUUAAUGCGUGGUGUUGAGCACCGCAAGACUCUAUGUAGAUAUGUACGUUGUAUCGGCGGCCUAUCCCGCAGUAAACACCCUUUCCACAAUAAUGUAAUUUUGCUAAGGUGCACAUGUACGUACGCUAUGUCUUGUAAUGAAAAUGGACGAGAAGCUUUUCUCAAUC